GGGCAGAGGGGACACUGUCCCAGCCCGCUGGGAGCAUCCCGGCCGCUCUCCCGGCCCCGGGCCAGCAGCCGGCUCGGAUUGCAGCAGACUCCUCCUCCGGCAGCCCAGGAGAGGCGUGGAGAGAGAGCCAGCAGCUCCGGACAGCCUCACCUGCACCGCGCCAGCGGGGGACUGCGGGGACAGGUUUGACAGCGAGGGACAGAACGGGACAGCAGGGACAGCAGGGACAGAACGGGACAGCAGGGACAGCGGGGACAGCAAGGGACAGCAAGGGACAGCAGGGACAGCAGGGACAGCGAGGGACAGAACGGGACAGAACGGGACAGCAGGGGACAGAACGGGACAGAACGGGACAGCGGGGACAGCAGGGACAGAGCGGGACAGCAAGGACAGCAGGGACAGCAAGGGACAGCACGGGACAGAGCGGGACAGAGCGGGACAGCAGGGACAGCAAGGGACAGCAAGGGACAGCAGGGACAGCAGGGACAGCAAGGGACAGCAAGGGACAGCAGGGACAGCAAGGGACAGCGAGGGACAGCAGGGACAGCAGGGACAGCAGGGACAGCAAGGGACAGAACGGGACAGAACGGGACAGAGCGGGACAGCAGGGACAGAGCGGGACAGAGCGGGACAGCAGGGACAGCAAGGGACAGAGCGGGACAGAGCGGGACAGCAGGGACAGCAAGGGACAGCAAGGGACAGCAAGGGACAGCAAGGGACAGAGCGGGACAGAGCGGGACAGAGCGGGACAGAGCGGGACAGCAGGGACAGCAGGGACAGCGGGGACAGCGAGGGACAGCACGGGACAGCAAGGGACAGCAGGGACAGCAAGGGACAGAGCGGGACAGCAGGGACAGCAAGGGACAGCAGGGACAGCAAGGGACAGAGCCGGACAGCACAGGACCAGCAUCCUCCCGAGCCGCAUCCCCCGAGCCGCAUCCCAUGGGCAGCAUCGCCAGCCCGGCAUGGAGAGCCUGAGCAGCAGCCUCAAGAAGAAAGCCACGGAGCACCACUACAGGGCUGAGGUGAUGAUUGCUGGAGAGCAGCUGAGGCUCCGUCUGCACGAUGGGAAGCUGGUGAAGGACAGGAGGUACCACCUGAGGACCUACCCCAACUGCUUCGUGGCCAAGGAGCUCACGGACUGGCUGGUGGAGCACAAGGAGGCGCCCGACCGCGAGACCGCCAUCCGCCUGCUGCAGAAACUGAUGGACCACUACAUCAUCCACCACGUGUGUGACGAGCACUCGGAUUACAAGGACGCCAAGCUGCUCUACCGCUUCCGCAAGGACGACGGCACCUUCCCCCUCAGCAAGGACGUCAAGGUGUUCCUGCGGGGACAGAGCCUCUACGAGAAGCUGGUGAGCGUGGAGGAGUCCAUCCUGAAGGUGAGGGAGGAGAACUCGGUGAAGUACCAGAGGGCUUUCCUGGGCUCCGAGAUGAUCGACUGGCUGGUUCAGGAGGGAGAAGUGGAGAACAGGCAGGAGGCGGUGGAGCUGGGACGGGCACUGCUGGAGCACGGCAUCAUUCAGCAUGUCUCCAACCGGCAUCACUUCUUUGACAGUGACAUCCUCUACCACUUCUGGACCAACUUCCGCCGGCGGCGGCGGCUGCCGGAGCUGCUCAAUGAGAACUGCUGCCGCGCCCUGCCCGAGAGCCCCGACAGCCCCUUCUGCCUCCGCAAGCUCAACCCAGAGCCGGGCAACACCAGCUUCCUCUCUGUCCAGACCAACAAGGAGAUCAAAGUUGUCUCAGCAGUUCGAAGGAGCAGCAUCACUUCCCUCUCUGGAAACUCCAAUGCCUACUUCACUGCUCCUCCUACCUUGGUAUUCCCUCCUGUGCCUGAGUGCAACCCCAAAUCAGUGUUAAAGAGACCUGUCACCAACGAAGAGCUGCUGUCCCCUGGGGCCCCCUAUGUCAAGAAAACGCUGACUAUUGUGGGGGAUGCAGUGGGCUGGGGGUUCGUGGUUCGAGGGGGAAGACCUUGCCACAUCCAGGCAGUGGACCCAGGAGGACCUGCUGCUGCUGCAGGCAUGAAGGUGUGCCAGUUUGUUUUCUCAGUGAAUGGGGUGUAUGUUCUGCAUCUGGACUAUCAGACCAUCAGCAGCCUCAUCAUGACAGGACCACGGACUCUGGUGAUGGAAGUCAUGGAAGCCAUUGAAUGAGCCAAGGGUCUCAUCCCACUGCUGUUGGGAAGGCAGGACUCUCCACUUGGCAGGGAUGGACUGUGGGGAGGGACCAAGCUCGACCAUUCACUGUGAUGUCUCACCCAGGCAUUUUGAUGUAUUUUCAAAUAAAUACAUUCUAAUGGACAAA